AUGCCGCCUCCGCAACCCGCGUCGAAUAUCAGGGCGUUUGUCCACUGGAAGGAACCGACUGUGUACGCUGGAGAAGAGAUCGAAUGCAUCAUUACAUUCAGGAAUAUCGCGAGGCCUCCAGGUGAGAGAGAGGAGGAGGAACUUCCCACGCCUAAUGGAGGUGUACAUACCAGAAGAUCCUCCAUCGCGCAGCCGUCUGCGCCGCACAGCAGAAAGAGCUCUGUCGCGCAAGUCAGACCGCCGCCGCUAUCGAGGCAGCAUUCGGUUGCCAGCACAAAAGGAGGCCAACCGAUUCGAGGCCAUCGCCCUACCCUGUCGUUGAACGUGGUCAGCUCGUCUCCAAGAGGUGGCAUUCAGACGGCUCCAUUGCAGCAGAAUGCACCUCCAAACAGUGCCAGGCCGGGCAAGGGCCAUGCAAGAUCAUUAUCCAUCAUGUCUUUGGGAAGCGAGCCGGCGAGUGACGGCAGGACACCAACAGCUGGGCAGGCGAUGGGAAAGAGGCCGACGAAGAUGCACGCUCGUAGCGCGAGUCUGCAACACACCCCCAAGCUGAUGGGACAAUCUCCAGCAGGCUUGAGUCUGCCAUCCCCGAGACAACCAUCGCCGCUUUAUGAGACUACGAGUCCAUCGGGUCUGCCAGAAGGACAACCGAAUUCCCUGAGACCCGCACGGCGGAGGCCAGGGACUGUGUCUGCCGAUAAUACACCACAGCUGGGAAGACAACCCAGUUUGAAGAAGAAGCCAGGUCACGAUGGACACCAUAAUAGUCUCAACAACUUCAAAUUUCCUCCCGAUCCCACGGACAAGCAGGCCACAGCCACCUCGCAACCUGGGCCGAAGCCUGUGCGGACUCCUUCAACAAUGCACUCAGGACAGAAGCGGUCAUAUUCUCCUCGACCUCCAGAAGGAUGGUCGAAUAAUCUCAAUCCUAUUUCCCGAGUAAUGUCUGAAACCUCACAAGAUGGUACCCCGCGGACGAGCAGCGAAUUCUACUCCAUGAGCAAUCAUAGCGAUGAGACUUUGACUUCAGAGAUCCCUCUGCAUCAGCAAUUUGGGCGACUUCUACCCAAGAUGCCACAUUCGAGGCACCCAUCACGUUCACCCCACAAUCGACCGGCUGAACCAGAGACGCUGAUGAUGGCUUACGCACAAACCAUGGGGUACUUCACCCUGGAUGGCGGCCUUGUCAAUGCCGCACCCUUUGAGGAGGUCAAACGCAAAGGCGUGCAAGGAGGUGGAGGUGUCGUGGGUGUUGAACGAUCGAAAAGGUCAUCUGGACUAUUUGGUGCCUUGAGUUGGGGCAACAUUGGUGAAUCCCUGGGUGGCCUACUCGGAGGGGACGAGAUGAGCUCCAUGGCUCAGAUGAAGGCGAGUGCUGGCUCGAAGACCAUACCGCUUUUAUCAACACCUCAAACAUUACUCUUCGUCGACCUGAGACUUGCUCCAGGGGAGAGCAAGAGCUACAGCUAUCGAUUCUCCCUUCCUCGCGGACUACCCCCUAGCCAUCGAGGGAGAGCGAUGAAGGUGUCCUAUCAGCUUUCUCUAGGGGUGCAGCGACCCGAAGGACAGGUCGUGAAGCGCGUGGAGGCUCCUUUCCGAGUCCUUGGAAGUUACGACUCUCGAGGCGAUACACUUGGUCACGAUUUAAUGUCCCCUUACGUUUUACUACAGGAUGCCGCUCGCACGGCUGUCAUAUCACCCGACCCAGUCAGUCCGAACCGCGCCCCUAAAUUUCAGAGCAAACAAGAUGCAAAGAAAAAGACGACGCCGAAACAAGGUCUCGAAGACUUUUUACGCUACACCGAAAGACUACUGGAAUCACCAAAGGAUGCCAACGGCGUUCUCCUCUCGCCUAUAUCACCUACAUCCCCAGUCUCUGCACAACCUGUCCUCUCGAGGCAAGGCAGUAUAAUCGAUCAACCGCCCGCGAACACACGGGAAGCCAUCGACUUUGCGAUUCUCCGGUCUAAUCAAGCCAGUGGUGGUGGGAAAAAGGCGGAGUCACAAAGCGCGAAUCGCUUCAAUAUUGCUCGCUCGGGACAGCCAGUCGCGGUUCUGACCGUACUCAGACCGGCGUUCAGACUUGGUGAGGCCGUGAUAGGCACGAUUGACCUGACUGCUCCUGCACCAGUCCCUGGAACCUCAUCACCUGCACCUACAUACUCUGUGCUGGUCGAGUUGGAAUCUGCCGAGCACGUGGACCCUUCGCUCGCACUUCGAAGCAGCCACUCCAUCAACCGCGUGACAAGGAAGGUAUACGCCUCGGUGAGAGACAACGCUCUCUUCGCGCGGCAGAUCAGCUUCAACCUCGCCAUACCCUCCAACGCCGCCCCGUCUUUCGAGACAACAGGCAUAAGCUUGGCAUGGCGUCUGAAAGUCGAAUUCAUGACCCAACGAGCCGUCCGAGGACUCGGCAUUGAAAGCAACGGCCAAGGUGAUGAGCUGUUGGAAGAGCUCGCUUCGGAUGAGAGAGGGACGACGCUUAUUGCGAAGGAGAGGCUGCCGGCUGAUACGUUUGAGAUUGCGGUGCCGUUGAAGGUGUAUGGGGCUGUUGGGCUGGAUGUUGUGGGCGCGGAGAGCGAGUCGCUACUUGUAUAG